AUGUCGACGUUCGAUGUUAAAUUAAAACAACUUCAGAUGACAUGCCAGCGAACUGAUUCGGUGCUCGAUUCUAACAAAGAUACUUCGAUUAAACGACAACUGGAAGCCUUAAAAGCGUUAACAAACGAGGUAGAAACAUCGAGACGAGGCGUAGAAGCGUUGAAAAUCGAGCAAAAAGUGGACGAGGACGAAAUCGCUACGUGGAAUUCUCAACUAGAGACUGAGUUAGAGAAAGCAGACGACGAUGUGAAGCGCUUGGAGAAAUGGCAGGACGAUUGCAAACUGGAAAAGGAGAGAUAUGCGUUCGAAGAGAAAUUGAAAUACGAGAUAAAACUACACGAAACUAAGCUGAAACUUGAGUCCAAACAUCAAGCAAAGUUGGAAAGUGGAAGUUCGUCGAAGGAAAUUCAUGCCAAGCAAGUGGAAGCGAAACUACCGAAACUCGUAAUAUCAAAAUUUGACGGAGAUUACAUGGAUUGGCAACGGUUUUGGGGGCAAUUCACCGAAUCGAUCGAAAAAUCCGGCUUAGCAAACAUUGCCAAAUUUUCAUAUCUAAGAGAUCUUCUUGGAGACAAUGUCAGACGUGAAGUAGAGUCCUUACCAUUUACACCAGAAGGCUACAAUCAAGCUAAGGCUAUAUUGGAGGAAAAAUAUGGCAAAGAAUCAGAGUUGGUGAAGUCUUAUGUGAAAGAAAUUUUGAGCUUGCCAUACAUUUCGACAGCGAAUUCGAAGAAAAUUGCCGAGUUUAGUGAAAAACUGACAUAUUGUGUCCAGUCCCUGCAGUCGCUCAAGAAGCUGGACGAAGUGAAGGGUCUUACCAUGGUUACCAUUGAAAAGUUGCCAGGUAUACGGGGUGACCUUGUAAGAUCAGACGGUGACUGGGAGACAUGGAAUCUCGAUCAGCUAGCAGAAGCAGUGCGUCUUUGGAUACGGAGAAACCCAGUCGAUCAUAGUUGA